UUUCUCUCUCACAUAUCAAAACACCAGACCGCAUUCUCCCAACACACACACUCUUUCUCCCCUUGCAUCAUCAAUGGCGGUGCUUCCAUGGCUUCUUCUCACCUUCACCUUCUUCCUCACCACCACCACCACCACCACCCACUCUACCUCUACCCCUUCCGACGACGUCGUUUUACUCCUCACCAAAAUCAAACCCUCACUCCAAGGCCCCACCCAAAACCGCAUCUUAUCCUCAUGGAACACCUCUGUUCCACUCUGCCAAUGGCAAGGCCUCAAAUGGGUUUUCACUAACGGAACCCAACUCAUCUGCACACCUAUUUCAUCCCCAAAUUGGUCAGACCUUUCUCUCUCUAAAAACCCAGCUCUCCAUCUUCUCUCUCUUCAACUCCCGUCGGCGAAUCUCUCCGGCAACCUCCCGCCGGAGCUCGGAGACCUGUCAAACCUCCAAAGUUUGUAUCUUUCUUUCAAUUCAAUCAUGGGUUCUAUACCUCUUGAACUUGGGUACAGUUCUUCUCUUCAAGAUAUUGAUUUUAGUUACAAUUUGUUAAACGGGUCGGUUCCUGUAUCCGUUUGGAAUUUGUGUGAUAAUAAUAAACUUGUUUCUUUUCGGGUUCAUGGUAAUUUGUUAUCCGGGUCUAUUCCUAAACCCGGGUUACCUAAUGCUAGUUGUGGUAACUUAACUGUUCUUGAUUUUGGGCGUAAUCUUUUUACUGGGGCUGUUCCUGAUUUUAUUACUGGGUUUACUGGGUUAAAAGAGUUUGAUGUUAGUGAUAAUAAGUUGUUUGGGUUGGUACCUGAGGGGUUAAGUAGAUUAGGGUUGGAAAAAUUGAAUCUUUCUCAUAAUAAUUUUAGUGGGGUUUUACCUGAUUUUGGUGGGUCAAGAUUUGGGGUGGAUGUGUUUGAAGGGAAUGAUGAUAGUUUAUGUGGGCCCCCUUUGAAGAGGUGUGAAGGAAGGAGGUCUGGUUUGAGGGCUGGUGUGGUUGCUGGUGUUGUGAUUAGUAUGAUGACUGGGGUGGUGGUGGUUGCGUCGUUGUUGAUCGGGUAUUUUCAAGGGAAGAAAAAGAACGAGUUCGAGGAGGGGUAUGAGGAGUUUGAAGACGGAGAAGAUGGUGACGAUGGUGGUGGUGAAGGGAAGUUGGUUUUGUUUCAAGGAGGUGAGCAUUUGACGUCGGAGGAUGUGUUGAAUGCGACGGGUCAGGUUAUGGAGAAAACGAGCUAUGGGACGGUGUACAAAGCGAAGCUUUCGGAUGGAGGGACGAUUGCUUUGAGGUUGAUAAGGGAAGGGAGUUGUAGCGAUUUGGGUUCGUGUAUGAUGGUGAUCAAACAAUUGGGGAGAGUUAGGCAUGAUAAUUUGAUUCCGUUGAGGGCUUUUUAUCAAGGGAAAAGAGGGGAAAAGCUUCUUAUUUAUGAUUAUCUCCCGAAUAAAACUCUCCAUGAACUUUUACAUGAACCAAGGCCUGGGAAACCCGUCUUGAAUUGGGCAAAGCGACACAAGAUUGCAUUGGCUAUAGCCAAGGGACUUGCACAUCUGCACACAGGCAUCGAACCACCCAUUACUCAUGGCAACAUACGGUCAAGAAACGUGCUAGUGGACGACUUUUUUGUGGCUCGCCUCACUGACUUCGGACUCUACAAACUAAUGAUCCCAUCAGUAGCUGAUGAAAUAGUUUCACUCGCAAAAGUUGACGGCUACAAGGCUCCAGAUCUCCAUAAGAUGAAGAACUGCAAUUCAAGAACCGACGUGUACGCUUUUGGGAUCUUGUUGUUGGAGAUUUUGUUAGGAAAGAAACCUGGGAAGAAUGAGGGUAGGGGCGAUUAUGUCGACUUGCCUUCAGUGGUAAAAGCAGCUGUUUUAGAGGAAACGACCAUGGAGGUUUUUGAUGUGGAGUUGUUGAAGGGGAUCAGGAGUCCAAUGGAAGAAGGUGUGGUGCAAGCAUUGAAACUUGCAAUGGGGUGUUGUGCACCGGUUGCAUCGGUUAGACCUUCGAUGGAUGAGGUUGUGAAGCAGUUGGAAGAAAAUAGACCGCGUAACAGGUCAGCUUUGUAUAGCCCUACUGAAACAAGAAGCGGGAUUGAUACACCCUUUUGAAUUUUCCCCUUUUUACUUCAUAUAUUUGUACCGAUUUCUAUUUGUUUGGAAAAUGAUAAAUUGGAUUAAAAUGGUUUUUAUCUUUAAACUUGACAUAGUUUGUGAUAA